GCGCUUACGGCCAUUGAGAAGUGAGGUUUCUUUAGUGUGCCACACCUACUGUGACACAGGAUAUUCGUAUCUAAGGUCAUAUCAGAGGACCCGUGACAUUAACACCUGAUGCCGAAUGUUUGGCGAUCGAACUUUCACUACCUACUUUAACAACUUUCGUAUGUCGCAGCCGGGAUUCGAAUCCCGACAUUCCACAUGCGAGGCGAACACACCGCGGCGGUCGCAUUGUGUACAGACCCAGAGAGAAAUUCAACGUAAAGAAAGGCGGACGGAAGUAUCAACAAAGGUCGUUCAAAACCGAGAGGGAUUAUGCUUAGUACCAGAUCCUUAAUGAGUUCUCUCAGACGGAUUUCCUCACAACCAUGAUUUAUUCGUUCUAUAUGAUUAUCAAAGGAAAUCAUGAAUUUUAAUCAACACUACAUCGUAUUGAUGAAAUAUUUUCAUGCAGUUCUUCCAAUAUUUUCAAUUAAAAUUCCAGAAACAUCGACAUAUACCAUAUGUGCACGGUCUCAGCAGACAUCAACAAAUAGUUCUCUGUCUGCCAAUCUUGGUUGUGAUGACGACAUGGAGACAUUCUCUCUAACCAAUGAUGGAGUUAAUCAGUUCUGGUCUCUUGAAUUAGACAAUAAUUAUACAGUCGAUUGGAUCAUUCUUUCCGUUGAUGCUGGUACCUACAGCAUUUAUGUAGAACUAAUUGGGAGUCCACCAGUGAAGUGUAUGGAUAUUAGACAAUCUGAAGACAAGAAACUUACACAGUUUCAGCAACUGAUUACCUGUAAAUAUCCUAAUGCUGCCUACAGGAAAGGAAAUAGAAUUAGCAUAAUUCGAACACAAAGUGGAAGAACAAAGGUGUUUGAAUUAAAACCAAUAGGACUUUCUGGUAUUAAUCGAUCAGUGCAACUGAAUUUUACGGAAUCUUCGAGUGGAUUGUCCAAAGCUUUAGAUAACGACAUGGACACGUUUUACCAAUCACCAGAACAGGUCCAGGCGUCUUGGUUCCUAAAAUUGGACAGAAACUAUGUGAUUAAGUGGAUUCUUAUAUCGACCAGGGGAGUAUGCCCUGCAGGUCGUUAUGGACCAAACUGCGCUAAAUGCAGGAAGGAGUGUGUGUCCUGUAGUCCUAUAUCAGGUGUCUGUAACCAAUGUCAUGGACCGUUCUAUGGUGACUUCUGUAAGUAUCAAUGUCCAACAACCUGUCUCAACGCUAAGUGUGACCAGACAUCAGGGACAUGUGAGAGCUGUAUAGAGGGUUACUAUGGAACGUAUUGUGAUCCUGAAAUCACUACAGCGACAAUAUUAAAAGGUACAUAA